AUGCACGCCAUUCGCCACUUCAUCGCCUACUGGCCUCGCCUCCUCUUGCUGGCUCUCUUGGUCCUUCAGACUCUCCUUUCCACCCCUCGCCUGGGAAGCACCGGCUUAGGCAUGGUGCAGGCUUUGGGAAGCUGCUGCCAGACGCAGGAGGGCACGUACUUCAGUCGCGUUGGAGGAUGCCCGAAGGGAACCGACUAUGCUGAGGCGUGUCAUUGCAAGCACUCUUGCAAGAAGCCUCCUCUCGCUAGGGCCGUGAGCGAGGGUCGCGGCCUUGCCGUCGUUGUGGAGAAGGACAAGUAG